AUGCCUGGCAAGAAACGACCUGCCGCGGACCAAGGAGACUCGUCCGAGGACGAGAUCAACGUGGACCUGGUGAUCCAAACCAAGGCGGAGCUGGACAAGAUCCGCAAGGACCGUGAGAAGAAGCGAGCUCAGAUACAGGCAGACCUUGACAAGAAGCUCAGCGGCCUGCGCGCCCGCAUCAAGGAGAGCGCCGAGGCUCACGCCAAGCAACUCGGCGACGUCCACAAGCAGCAGGUGGAUGAGCUACUUCAGGCCAUGGAGGCGAGGGACAACAUUCUGGUGGCGAUCGGUGAGAAGCUGUCUGAGAUGCAAGAGAAAGGAUCCAACCUUGCCACACAUCUUGGACAGGCCUACGGGUACAGAAUGAAGAGGCUCGAGGGCCUCACCAUGCCUGUGGCGGAGCAUCGGGUCCACGACAAGAACAGGACCAAGGUGGACGCUGCUUGA